AGGUACACAAAGGUAAACAUGCCGCUAGACAUAUCAAGUAUUGAAACUGGUCUGAAGCAAUCAAUAAAAAAUUUGAAUAAUACUGUCACUCAGACAAAGCAGAUGAUCGAGAACAUAGCCACAACUGAAGCAAGUUUAGAUGUGAAAAUAGAGAAGCGACAGGUAGAUUUAGAACGCAACAAAAAAAGACUGGAGUCCUUAAAAAAAGUUAGACCAUCAUUUCUGGAAGAGUACGAAAAACUUGAGAAGGAUUUCAAAGAACUGUAUGAAGCUUAUGUUGUGAGGUACAGAUGUGUAGCUUAUUUAGAGCAACAACUUGAAGAAUUUGAGCAGGCAACACAGUCUAGGAUUGAUGCUAAACAUGAGGAAACAAGAAAACUUGUUGAAAAAAUGCGUCAGGAAGCAGCUGCAAAACUUUUUGAUGGAACAAUCGAAGAUGAAGGGCAGGCCGCUAAUGGAGCACAAACUGCUGGCACAGGUUCCAGAAUGGUCGGUGGAAAACGAAGAGUAUUUGGAAGCAUGACAGGCGGAGGUGAUGACUUAGGCAGCUCUGAUUCUGACUCAGAUUUGUUUUUUGAUGAUGAUGAUGACAAUGACGAUGAUGAUGAUGAGGACGAUGAUGAUGAUGACGAUGAUGAAGAUGAUGAUGAUGGCAGACAUGAUGAGGAUCAUGACAAGAAUGCAGACAGAGGAGACGGAGAUUACUAGUCUGAUGAUACUGGAAUUUUCUAUAAUUGUUGUUAGUCUGAUAAAGGGUAGCCCAUGGCUGAAACAUUUUCUUUCAGUCAUGAUUGCUUUGUCAUUAAAGAUUUCGAACUAA